AUCGCUCUUUGACCUUUACCGUCUCCCAAUAAAAAACAAAAUUUAUAUAAUAAACACUGCAAAUCAGCCGAUGAUAAAAUUAGUGUAGUCUCCGAAAUAUCAUCAACCGCAGUCAUUUGUAACUAUUUUCAUCUACAGCGCAAACACUACUUUAUUACUGUGACGAAAUCCAGUGAAUUUUAAUCCCGCUACUGUAAACUGUUCCUCUUUUGUAAAACAUGUCCCUUCUAUCGCAUAAUUAAGAUUGGAACUAUCGGUGGAUUUUACAAAGUUAAUCAUCUAGAACAGUCUAAAUGUUUUUCUUUAUAGUGUGUGUGUGCUUUCCUAGAUAGUAGAAUGUAAACAGUACUCUAGCUAUGGUCAGUGUUUGAUCCAUCCCAUAUCGGAAUUUCAACUUCUUAUCUUAGAAACAUAAUGCGCGAUUUGGCACAUAAACGAAUCUUGCUUGGCCACAAUAUUUGUGACUGGCUUCCAGCUUGCUGUCUUUCCAAUAUGGCGCCGAAUCAUGAGUAUUUUGAUGGUGAAUUGAAGAUUGAAGUUUUUACCAAAAAACUCGACAACAUCUAUGAAAUUUUUUGCAAUGCAGUCGAUAAGAAGUCGACUACUGCCAAGGAAAGGGAGAAUUUUCUAAAUUUGAAGAAUGAUUUAUUAAUUAUGUUUGAAGAAGUGAUUCACAUGACCCUUCCUGUCCAUAAAUCCGAUGCAGUUCAGCCACAAAACGUAAUGGAAUUGAUUUCUAGUUUAAGUCUAGAAUUUGCAGCUUUCCGAGAAGACAUUAAUAAUAGAGUGGAUAAUAUCGCCAAGAAGGUUUUCCUGAAAAAUGAUGUAAUUGAGAAUGAUGGCAUUGUUCUAGCCAGUAAAUCUAGUUUUUGUCGAGAAGUUGUGAACACCCAGAUAGAAACCGAUGUGGAAACAUACGUCUCAAUGGCGUGUAAUGGCAUGGCUACAUCGAUGACAGAUGGACGUAAAUUGCAAAAUAGAUUAUCUAUAAAAAGGUAUGGAAAAUAUGAAUCUAAACCUGCUUUGAACGGUUUAAGACAGAAAUCUAAAUUUAAAAAAUGGAAUAAAAAACCGAUGAUGGAAGCUACUGUCUUGUCUGGAUUAAAUCCUGAAACAACUGGGAAAGAGUGGGAAAAGCUGUAUGUUGCCGUAUUGUACAUCAUCAAGCACAAAGUGGGAGCGAACAGCAGGGGUUAUUCAAUGGACACCGAGGAUUUGUACGAGUAUGCGCAAGAAGCGUUCUGUAUGUCUGACGUUGACCACAAAAGGUUGUUCAACGUUGCCCAGGAUAAGAAGCCUCCAAUUCUUGUGCUGAACGUAAUUGUAGUAGAGGCUCAAGAUCUCCAAGCAAAAGACCCGAAUGGUUUCAGCGACCCCUACUGCAUGUUGGGCAUCCAACCGCGCAACACUGUUGACGGACGAAGCAGCUCAGAUGACGAAUUGGUGACAAGCACCAAAGAAAAAAGGCCCAAACACAACGGCAACUUCAAGAGUACUGGAACUCCCCUCUGGAUCAGAAUUCCAGGUGUCAGCAUCUCUGAAGCACUCCCAGAAAAUUUUUCUCGGGUGACAUCGGUGAAGUCACAGACACGCAAUCCCCGAUGGAAUGAGCAAUUUAGACUAGACAUUGAAGAUAUCCGGACAGAUACGUUUCAUUUAGAUAUUUGGGAUCAAGAUGAUGAGUCCUCAGUCUUUGAUGCAGCCGGAAAAUUAAAUGAAGUAUCAAGUCUAAAAGGUGUAGGAAGGUAUUUUAAACAAAUUGCCCAAUCUGCGCGUACAAGUAAUGGCGAGAAUGUUGAUGAUUUUCUGGGAUGCAUAAGUAUUCGUCUGCAGGACAUUCCUUCUUCUGGGUUGGACCAUUGGUUUGAUCUGGAAGGAAGGACAGAACGGUCAAGCGUCCAGGGCCAGAUCCACCUGAAGCUCUCUUUCAGCACCCGAGAUGCCAAAGAAGGUAACAAUGACGAAGGUAAUUGGAAAGAGGUGGUCGAACUCAUGGAACUUAUGUGGAUUUUCAUCCAACAUGCGUUGAAACAACAUAUUGGUCCGAGCUAUGAAUGGACAGGAAGCUUAUUUCAACCUGCACUCGACAUUUUGCAUCAGCAUGCAAUUCAUGGCGACGUUACAGAACUUCAGCAGGCUCUGUGUCGUUGGAUCACGUACAGCAAGCUACUCACGGAAGUGCCGCUCGAUUAUGCCUUACUUUGCCAACUACUAGAAGACAUUGCCCAAGCUUGGGGGGAUGAAGAGAAUCCACUCUCCAGAGUAGAGGAAACUGCCCUUGCAGAAUCUUUCAGUAUUUUUCUGGACUACUGUCUGAAAAUAAUUCAAGGGCUUCGCGAUCACUUUCCACCAGAGAAGAACUUCACACGGCACAAACUUGCACACUUUCUCAAGUGCCUUUGUUCUCUUCACGACCAACGAGCAUUCCGAUGCUGCUGUCCCACCAGACUUGAUUUGCAAGAAGAAAUAACAUGUUGUUUGAAAGAAGGAACGCUAAAUUGGUUUAAUGCUCAGGUUGCUAAUGCACAAUCUAAACAUGAAAAGGAUUCGAAGUGGAGUCUGAGAAGUCUAACAGACCUCAUCAAUAUUCUCAACACAGAUGUCUACAAUGGCUACCGGCAUUACAAUGAAAAAUUCGAAAGCAUCAUUGGCAUUUCAUAUUCAAUAAUCGUAUACAAACAACUUGAAAAAAUGGUGAGUGACGUCAUGAGUCACAAGAUUCAAGAUACCUGUAGCACCCUUGAGCCUGAGGAAGAUUCGGAUUUGGAGUCUGAGUACAUGAAGAUAGCCACGGUCACUUUUGAGUUAUAUAUGGCUUUGCAAGAGUUCAUCAAAUUCAAGGACAAUUUGCCAUCGGAGGAAAUAAAAGAUUUAAGUCUAGUGAAUUAUCACCUUUGGUUCAAGGACGCAGUGGAUCAUUGGUUCGUCGUUGCCAAAACGAAAUCACAAAUAAGGAUAAAAAAGGCUGUAGAACUGGAUGAGAUUACAUUUUUGGACAAAUACGUGAAGUACAGUACUUCUGCUGUUGACACCGAAACAUGUUUCGUUCAAAUUAAAGAAUUUUGGAAGCAACUAUCAUGGCCUGAUCCGGUAGGAUCUUUUUCUUUCGUAAAGAAAGCUAUAGAGAUAAUAUGCGAAGACACUGUUCACUAUGCAAAAUUAUGCCAAGAGAAUCUUGAAAAGAUUAUAAAGGCUGAGUCACAGGAUGAUGUGACUGACAAAUUCUGCGUCACUGUAAACAACAUGGAGCAUGUUCUGCAGACCUUAAGGACUUUUGAAGAUGAACUGGGAAUCGAACAGAUAAUCAAAACUUUGAAUUUGAACCAAAGCUGCUGUACAGCUACCCAGCGUCGUGAUGCCAUAUAUGACCUCAUCAGUAAAUCUGAAGAUGACGUCAGAGAUAUAAUUUUGACUAUUAUUUGUGAUAUGGUAGAAAAGCUGAGGCCAAACUUAAAGAAGCUUGUUUUUGAUCUUGCUUGGGCACCUGACAAAUUAGAUGCGGAAGAUGUGAUCUGUCCCUUGUUGGAGAACCUGGACGCUACUCUUCAGACCCUCUACAACAACUUGCUUCAAUCCAACUUCGACAGGCUCUUGAAUACUAUGUGGACAGUAUUAAUGCAGGAACUGAUGGAAACAGCACAAAGUAACAUUGGUUAUGUGAAAGAGCGUCUGACAUUCUUCGAUCGCUUGUAUUCGUCUUUAAAAAUUCUCGUGGAUUUCUUCCAUGACAGUGGAAAAGGCCUUUCUCUAGAACGUAUUCAAAAUACACCUUAUCAGGAUCUAUUUCACAUGUUGAAGUUACAAAAAUCCGAAACACGACAUCUAAUUGAGCUUUAUACUCUUGAAAAGUUUGAAGAACAACAAAAAUUAAUGGAAUCCACUUAUGGUGUUUUGACAGUGAAAGCUUCGUAUAACUCAGCAACCGAAAGUCUAUUCAUAUAUAUUUUGAAUGCUAAAAAGCUGAUUCCUUUGGAUCCUUCUGGUUUCAGUGAUCCUUUUGUAAUUAUCGAGCUUGUGCCCAGGCACUUUUUUCCUAACUGUGUUAAGCAGAGUACCAACGUACAGAAGAAGACUUUAUUUCCUUUGUUCGAUGAAGCGUUCGAAUUUGCGAUACCAGUCGACUUGCUGCACCGUGAGGGUGCUGGGCUGUGCUUCAGUGUCAUGGACCACGACAUGGUGACGAAGGACGACUUCGAGGGUGAGGCUUUCCUGCCCCUCUGCAACAUCCCAGAGUCCUCCUCGGAAGAGAUGAAACUGUUCGAACUUUGCCUCAUGCAACCAAAUGAUAAAAAUGAAAUUAUUGAAGUCUUAACUGCAAGAACUUGGGACAAAGAUGCUCAGGAUUUCGUCAAUAGUUUUCAAUAUUAGACGAUCUUUUAUUAUAAUAAUAUAAAUUGUAUUCAAGAAAUAUCCAAAAACCUUUUUAAUUCACCAAUGACAAAUACUAAACAAAAAAUACGAA